AUGAACAACUCAAAAUCGAAUCUUCUUGAUACGGAACAUGGAGAUAAAGUUGCUGAACAAAUGAAUCUAGCUUCGAUGGAUUGUCUUCCAGAUGAUCUCCUUGUCCAAAUCUUAUACUUCCUUCCCACGAAAGAAGCUAUAUCAACCUCUCUUCUCUCAAAGAGGUGGAGGACUCUGUAUUCUCUCGUGCAUAAUCUUGACUUGGACGAUUACAUCUUUUGGCACCAUGAAGACGGUUACAAUCAGUACUUUAGUAACGACAUUCAAAAAAGUUUUGAGGAGUUCAUGGAGAGGACAUUGGCGCUCCUAGGUGGUGGCCAUAUAAAAACGUUCUCACUAAUAAGUGAUGAAAUAUAUAGAUUUGACCAUGUAGUGGAUUCUAUUAGACCCUGGCUAUAUUAUAACCUACAAAAAGAUUCUUUGUGGCAGUUUGGAUUCCCAUACAAAGUCUUCACCAGCACCAAACUGGUUAAGCUGUCAUUGGGAACACGACUAGCCUGCCCAAGAAUUCCUCAAGAUACAUCUCUCCCGGUCCUAAAAGUCCUCCUACUUGAAUAUAUAUGGUUUGAGGAUAAUCAAUUAUCUGAUGUGUUUCUCGCAGCUUGCCCUGCACUUGAGGACUUAACCAUACAUCACAUGUUUCGCCCAUUCCUCAUAUCUAGCAAAAACCUUAAGAAACUCUCAGUUACCAUUAAUUUUAGCUAUUAUGUUGAUCGUUCUACAAUUCUUACACUUGACACGCCGAAUGUUGUCGACCUCUACUACUCUGAUUUUCCUCGGCCUAUAGCUCCACAUUGUCAUUUAGAUUCUCUAGCCAAAGUUGAACUGGACCUUCAUUCCUUAGAAGAUGAUAGUCGCCAGGUACAAAAUGACGCGGAUGUAAAAAAUCUCAUUAGUGAGAUACGCAAUGUUAAGACCCUUCACUUAACUUAUUCUGCUGUUGAGUUGAUGCUUUCAAGUAAAAAACGAGACUGGAAAGUGCUUCCACUUCUACUAGAGCGUUCUCCAAACCUAAAAACUCUGGUUCUAUCAGGUCUGAAUCGUUACACAUUUGGACGAAGACAUCGAUUUGUGGGGAUUCAAAUUCCCUCCAGUAACAAAAUAAAGAUGUUGAGUAUCAAGCAGUAUCAAGGAAGUGCAACCGAGCUGAAACACAUAAGCCAUUUGUUACUGAAAAUGGAGUGUCUUGAAUUGGUGAAAGUUUAUCUUGCAACUGAAAUGGAUGACCUUAAAAAGAUGCAACUCACUGAGGAUGUGGUGAAGCUUCCCGCAGCUUCAUCUAAGAUCGUAGAAAAGUUGAAAGCAUUUGGUGCAAAAGCUGUUUUGGAGAGAGUGAGUUUCUUGGACUGA